UCGGCGAACUCGCCUUCUUUCUCGCAACUAACCUCCCAUAAACUCAUGAACAUUUCAGACUUUAAUCCUGUCUAUAUAUUUGAUUCUCUACUUCCACGCCAACAAUGGCUUCACAAUCGCCCCUCUUCCAGCCCCUCCGCAUCGGCAAUGUAACCCUCAACCACCGCGUCGUCAUGGCUCCGCUCACCCGGCUUCGCGCAGACGCAAAGCACGUUCAACUCCCCAUGGCAACAACAUACUACGAGCAACGAGCCUCUGUGCCAGGUACACUCCUAAUAAGUGAAGCAACCAUCAUCUCUCCACAACACGGCGGUUACCCGCACGCGCCAGGGAUCUGGAACUCGGAGCAAGUCGCCGCAUGGAAGAAAGUCACCGACGCCGUCCACACCAAGGGCAGCUACAUCUUCUGCCAGUUUGUCGCCGUGGGCCGGGUAGCAGACCCAGCCACCCUAAGAGCCGACGGCGGGUAUGAAGUCACAGCGCCCAGCGCUAUCCCCCUCGAUGCUGAGAACGGGGUUGUUCCAAAAGAGCUCACCGAGGAGGACAUCCAGGCUCUUAUCCAGACAUUUGUGACCGCGGCUAAGAAUGCCAUCGCGGCUGGAUUUGAUGGGGUUGAGGUCCACGGUGCCAACGGGUACCUGGUGGAUCAGUUCUUGCAGGACGUCACGAACAAACGCACUGAUGCCUGGGGAGGGAGCGUCCCCAACCGUGCGCGGUUUGGUCUCGAAGUCGCCCGGGCGCUUGUUGAAGCCGUUGGUGCAGACCGUGUGGGCUUCAGACUCAGUCCAUGGAAUACAUGGCAGGGCAUGAAGAUGGCGGACCCAGUGCCGCAGUUCAGCUAUUUCGCCGAGAAGCUCAAGGAGCUCAAGUUGGCAUACCUGCACGUUAUCGAAUCCCGGGUUAUCAACAACGUCGAUUGCGACAAGACAGAGGGGAUCGAGUUCCUACUUGAGAUCUGGGGCAAGACGAGUCCCGUUCUUGUUGCGGGUGGUUAUAACCCGGCGAAUGCGGAGGCUGCUUUUACAGAAUAUAAGGAUAACGACAUUGCCGUUGUCUUUGGGAGACAUUUCAUUGCGAACCCUGAUCUGCCGUUCAGGAUUAGAGAGGGGCUGCCGCUGAACAAAUACGACCGGGACAGCUUCUAUGCGUUCAUGCAGGAGGCGGGAAUCGGCGCCGCAACAGCCAUAGCAUUUGCAGCUGCCGGGUGCACGCGUAUCGCAAUCACCGACCUCCCCGGCUCAGGUCUGAAUGAAACACACAUGAAGAUCCUUGCGGCGACCUCCAAUAAACCGAACGUGAUGUCCUACCCUGGCGACAUCAGCGACGAGUCCUUUGUGAAUAGUUUCAUUGACCAAGUAUUCAGCGCAUUCAAGCGGAUAGACUACGUGGUUAAUUGCGCGGGGGUCCUGCAGAAGGAGUUCCUGCGCUCGACGGAGGUCAGCUGUGAGCAAUUCGAUUUCAUCAACGGGGUGAACUAUCGUGGGACGUGGUUGGUCUCGCGCGCGGCACUGAGGAAGAUGGUCAGCCAAGAGCCACUGUCUGAUGGUAUCGAGGACGGAGAAUGGAGACAGAAGAGUCGGGGAUCUAUUGUGAAUAUCGCGAGUCAGCUGGGGGUUGUUUCGAGGGCUGGUGCCGCCGCGUACUGCGCCUCCAAGUCCGCCAUAAUAGGCCUGACGCGCGCCGACGCGAUUGACUUCUCCAAGGACCUGAUUCGAGUCAACUGCGUUUGUCCUGGUGUGAUCGACACGAACAUGACGACGGGGGAUCCCGAGACGAAAGAGGCGUUAGCACCGGCGGUGCAGAUUGCGCCAAUGGGUAGGAUGGGCGAUCCUAGGGAGGUGGCAGAUGCAGUACUGUUCUUGAGUUCGAGUAGGGCGUCCUUUGUACAGGGGCAUGCGCUUGUUGUGGAUGGAGGCGCUUGGGAAGGCGUAUCUUUGCAGACAUCCCCAUUAAUCCGCUGUGGCAUGUCAUCAACAUUUCGAGUAUCCUCGUAA